UCCUGUAGCCUGUAACACAGAGUAGCCUGAGUAAGGCCAAUGCCCUGACGGUGACCAACUGCAGCAUAAUGAAGAAGAGAACGCUGUUCGUCAUCGCUGAAGGGGCCUUCCAGAGCCGCAGCACUGUCUCUGCUACCUCCUACCAGCUAACACAGCCAUACAUAGGGGGUGCUGACUCAGCCUACAUCCAGCGUCUGUCCACCUCUAACAUCAGUAUGGACAUGGACACUUUCAUCAGCCUGGACCCUACUGUUAUACAGACUCUGGGUGUGAGCCAGGUCAAAGGUCUGCUUGGUUCUAACCUGCCAGAGCUGAAGAGCUAUGAGAACCAGAGCGCGGUCCGGACCUGGAUCAGCACCCGUUUCCAGGCCGACCUGGACUAUCUAGGGCUGGGUCUGAAGGGAGGCAAGGCUGACCCCAUCACGGUUGGCGUGGGAACCAUCAUACUUCCUACCAGUGCAGGGGUAACUGGAGGAGCUGGGCCAGUCAACACCGUGGCUGGAGGAGCUUCUGCUACUACUACAGCGAGCGGCGGAGCGAUCAACAGACCAACGUUCGGCCUCCACCUUCUCCUCACCACUCUGGCCAUCGCUGUCCUGUACAUUCUACACUGAUUUCAGAGAUUUUAUAUUUCAGAGUGAGAGAGUUAACUGACUCCAUUAGCAUCAAGUCGCAUUCGGCUCAGACAGGGAAAAACAUUAUGUAAAGUUCUCAAACAGGAAACAAAAAUGUAUACAUUUAGAGUCAGGUAGUGCCUUAGAUAUUGUAAAUAUCACUGAAUACAAGGAUAUACUGGACCUAUCAAAAGACUAUAAAACCAUCUAGCACUUUAGUCACGUCAAUGUUUCUGCUCUGACAAGUUCUGCAUUUUAUUUAAGUGUCACUUUGUAUGUUGUUCUGUCUUGGUGGUUGGAAUGAAGUCUGUUCUGUCUUGGUGGUUGGAAUGAAGUCUGUUCUGUCUUGGUGGUUGGAAUGAAGUCUGUUCUGUCUUGGUGGUUGGAAUGAACAAUGUUCUGUCUUGGUGGUUGGAAUGAACAAUGUUCUGUCUUGGUGGUUGGAAUGAACAAUGUUCUGUCUUGGUGGUUGGAAUGAAGUCUGUUCUGUCUUGGUGGUUGGAAUGAAGUCUGUUCUGUCUUGGUGGUUGGAAUGAAGUCUGGUUCUGUCUUGGUGGUUGGAAUGAAGUCUGGUUCUGUCUUGGUGAUUGGAAUGAAGUCUGUUCUGUCUUGGUGGUUGGAAUGAAGUCUGGUUCUGUCUUGGUGGUUGGAAUGAAGUCUGGUUCUGUCUUGGUGGUUGGAAUGAAGUCUGGUUCUGUCUUGGUGGUUGGAAUGAAGUCUGGUUCUGUCUUGGUGGUUGGAAUGAAGUCUGGUUCUGUCUUGGUGAUUGGAAUGAAGUCUGGUUCUGUCUUGGUGGUUGGAAU